AAUAGAUUGCAGACAUGGAUCCUUGGCGCCAAUGCUGGAUGGAGCCACCCCUGCAAAUGGUCCCAACUGGAGCAGAGGUGGAACUAUUGGAUUUCAUGGAAGAUUACAGGAAGGUUUUCCAAGAGGAAGACUUCAGUGCUGUAGAGUCCUGGUUUUGGCCAGAAAAUGAGGUGGAUCAGCAGCCGCCAAGUUGGACUGGUGGGAGUUACCUAGCUGAGCUUGAAGGGUUUGAGAAGGAAAUGCCGUUCCAUCACACACCGGGCUUGAAAGGCUUCCCUGAGUACACAAAUACAGUAAUGGAACUGACACAGGUCUCCUCUACCUGCCUGGAUUACAGUGCACUGUAUGAAAGAGAACAAGAUUUAUUGGGGGUUGUGACAUCCCAUGAUUGGAGAAAGACAUCUGGCCCGGCUGUCUUCAGCCAACCGAUCCCCUUGGAAUGCGAUUCAUGUCAGUGUGCCCCUCCGGUCAGAACCCAGAGGAAAAAGGAGUCACGGGACUGGGCAGUGGCCAAUGUCACCAACUUGUCCCAUAGGGAACGGACAGGUUCCGGUCCCAUCCAGCUGUGGCGUUUCCUAUUGGAGCUGCUCCAAGAUGGCUCCUGCCAGGCCUUCAUUCGUUGGACGGGGAACGACUGGGAGUUCAAACUCUGUGACCCCCAUGAGGUGGCAAGGCGCUGGGGCAAGAGGAAGAACAAGCCCCGCAUGACCUACGAGAAACUCAGCCGCGGCUUGCGCUACUACUAUCACAAGAACAUCAUUCACAAGACGAGCGGACAGCGCUACGUGUACCGUUUUGUCUGCGACAUCCAGGGCCCGAUGGGUGAACUGGCUGAGAAACUGCACAGCUAGAAAAGCCCCAGCAUUGUCGUCGUCGU